ACCUUGUGUGUUCAAACGUUUUUGUAGCUACUGAUUUAUGUAUGAUGCGUUUAUGAAUCCAUGGCUCCAGUCCAGCAGGUGUCAGUGUAUCUGCUUGUAGUUUCGUAUAUGUAAGUAAGGAAGAACACGUUGUCCAUGUGACAGACGCUGAUCUGAUUCACACGGAGCUGCUGAAGCUGUAUUAAACUAAGAAUGAAUCUAUCAGAGAGUUCAGUCAGAAGUAGCGACUCUCCAGCUCUUCAGUGUGAUGUGUCUCAGCUGAAGAUCGGGUUCAUCGGAGCGGGAAACAUGGCGUUUGGAAUAGCGCAGGGCAUCAUCGCGUCAGGGAAGGUUCCACCCAGUAAUAUAACUAUUAGCGCUCCAUCCAUGAACAACCUUCCUCGCUUUCAGGAGAGAGGAGUUUCUAUCACUCACGCGAAUGACGAGGUUGUCGAUCGCUCUCGGUUGGUCUUCCUGGCCGUCAAACCUCACCUCGUCCCAAAGGUGCUGAAUGGAAUCUCCGGGAAUGUCACUCAGGAACACAUCAUCGUUUCCAUGGCAGCCGGAAUCACUCUAGAAACACUUGAGGAGCUGUUGCCUGCUGGGACGCGUGUGAUUCGUAUAAUGCCGAAUCUUCCCUGCAUGCUCCUGGAAGGGGCGCUGCUCCUCGCCUGCGGCUCGUGUGCGGGACAGGAGGAGGAGACUCUCCUGAAGGCCCUGCUCGGCCCGUGUGGGUUGGUGGAGGCGGGGCCUGAACAUUGGAUCGACGCCCACGUGGGCUUGAGUGGCAGUGGCGUUGCAUUCGUGUAUGUGUUUGCGGAGGCACUGGCGGACGGUGCUGUUAAAAUGGGGAUGCCCAGCGCUCUGGCUCGACGCAUCGCAGCACAGACAAUACUGGGUGCUGGCGUGUUACUGCGUGAUUCUGGGAAGUUCCCGGCAGAGCUGAAGGCCGAGGUUUGCACACCGGGGGGGACCACGAUUCACGGGAUCCACGCGCUGGAGAAGGGAGGGUUCAGAGCGGCUACGAUGGGAGCCGUAGAGGCGGCGACCGAAAGAGCCAGAGAACUCGGAAAGAAGUAGAGUGGGAAUCACAUUUAGAGACAUUACGAUACCUGAGGGACAAUUAACUUAACACCUUAAAGUCUUACUUUAUGCUCCAAGCAUAUCCAGUAGUCAGGGUUUCUGAAUGUUGAUUACAGUGGCCUUGAUAAUGGAUUGAAAUGUGCUUCUUAAAGUACAAAUGAAUGAGAAUUUCUUGUGUAUUCUAAGGGAACAAUACACACAGACAAUGAAACCCAUGUUAGCUGUUAAUACGUUAAACGUCUGUUACAUGUCUGUAUGAUUUGGGAUUCAGAAACCAAAGCAACUCUGAAAUGGUGACUUUUUACACAAUAAGAAUGUGCUAGAUGUGUUCACUUUAUUUUCUGCACAGGAAAUGUGUUUAUUGUGUCCACGUAGAUUCAAAGGAUGAAAAAAUAAUAUUAAAUGUAUAAUAAAUUAAUCUCUAAGGAA